GAUCAUCCCCCUGUUUGGCCUUAGGAUUCUGUGAUUUUAAAGAGAAACUGUUUAUACCAGAUCCCCCUCGCCUCUCGGAGGCACCAAAUAAUGGCUUUUACCCUCCUGCUCAGGGUUGUCGGGCUCUGUUUGUUGCUGCCCUGCAUUGUGCUCUCUGCGUAUUUCCCCAGUGGUGUAUCCAAGGCAGAGUGUCUGAAUCGUACCUUCUGGAUAUGGGUCGACAAGAAUUUUAUAGGAUCAAACGAAUGGCACUUAGAAGUUGUCAAUGAAACUGGAACGCCAGUUCUGCUUGAUGCUGAACUUGCUUCACAGUGUGGCUAUUCCAUAACCAUAGACAUAUAUGGCAAUCUGGAAAUGAGAAUCUCCUUCUUGGCAUGUUGGGUUGUCAACAUGAACGACCUCCAAUUUGACCUUAAGGUGCAGAUUCUCAUAAGACAAGAUGGCGGAUUCAUCCCUUACCCAGUGUCACUGUCCUGCCGGAUCAAUGACCCAUGGAAUGUACGGGAGGUUCUCUGUGAGGAGAACUUUAUGGAGGUCUCUGUCAGAAGAAUAGUUCCCUGGAUCGUGGAUUGGAUGACUGAAGACUUGCAGGCAGUGUGGCCGGUGACAGAGGGAGGAAUAUCUCAGAGGUGGCAGGUUGAGUUCCAAAUGCCAGAUCUUAGUACCAUCAUGGUGAGUGCUGUAGAAGCACAAAGGAUGGGCUAUGGGCUCAACGCUACAGCAACCAGGGUUGUCUUCAGAGCCCCCUACAACACGUCCGAGUCUCAGAUCAUAAAGGUUGGAAGCUAUAAACUUGAAGUGAUCCUGGCCAAGAUGUACUAUUCUCAGCCUUUAAUUCGACUCAUUGUGGACACCACCACUGCAUGCCCUUCUGAUGCUCCUAUCAUAACCAAGACCUCAAUCUUCUGGCUGACCCCUGCUAUUCUUAAACCUCUGGUCCUUGACCUUGUGGCCUAUAAAGACAGGGGGGUUUCCAUGGGUGUGGAUGGUAGGUUGCUUGACUCCAGUGUAAUAGCAGCCAAUGGCUACAGCCUCAGUAAGAAUGCCACCACUGUGAACAUGACGGUGCCAAUCGGUGCACCUGGUGGUUAUACAGAGAGUGAUAUUGUCAACAACACCUAUGGGACCACAUACCAUAUACAUCUCCUGUUAGUGAACCAUUGGCGAGGGGCCACUGCUGACACCACCAGACACUCUGUUAUUAAACCAAUUAUUACCCCUUUUCUGCCUUUGCUGCCCAUCUUCUUUAACAGAACGGUACCGGAAAACCGUUACUUUAACGUUUCCCUGGGUAACUUCUUCCCCGACGUGGGUCUGAAGGCUUUCAUCAUAAGGACAGUGAUGGUCACCUUGGAUGAGGCAAACCGGAGAGGUUUCAGAGUGCAAACCACGGACAAUGGAAAUGGCACAAGGGCUUUUGUCCUUCAAGUGCCCUUUAGUGAUCCACUUGUGGAACAGAAGUACCUGGAGGGCAACAAGCGAAUGUACAUCCUUUCUGUCACCUACAUCUUGACCCUUCUGAACAAGAAAAAGGAUUUUACGUACACGGAUGUGGUGGAGUGUCUGUUACAAGAUGUGGUUCCCCCCAAUUAUGAUCAAAUCUGUGAAAAAGACCGUCUAAUCCUGAACAUGACCCGAGGAAACAUGGAUAUGUAUUGGAUCCCGUACAUCCGAAAUCUACCACUGACUGAAGCCCUAGCGACAUCCCAGAAUUACAAGAUAACCCAACGUGGCUUAACGUUGCUCAUUGAAAUCCCGCUCUUCUCUGUAGGCCUGGUCUACGAGGAUAUAACACUGAGGGGGAUCAAGGCUCGUGUGGACUUUUCACUAAAGGACAACAAGACCCUUCAAGUUAGGAGCAACUAUUCAUUUGUGUGUAACUUUCCGACUGACCGACUAUUAUUGUGCCUUCCCAAUGGUACCAUGAAAGCUACAGUAUUCAGCCUUGACACCAAACCUCGCUUUGACCCCCGACAAACCCAUCUGAAGGACCCAACGUGCAAGCCUCAGGAGGCCGAUAAUGAUCGUGCUCUGUUCUCCUUUUCUGUCUUCUCCUGCGGCACAACUAGGCAGUUUGUUGGAGACUAUUUGGUGUAUGAGAAUGAAGUAACCUUUGAUCGAAAGGGGUUACCUCCAAUCAAACCAAUCAUCUCUCGAAAUUCCACAUAUAGGUUGACCCUGCGCUGUAGGUACCCUCUCAUGGACACUCAGAGGCUGGGGGGUAGAUACGAUACCAUCAUUGGCCGCCGUGGGUUUUCAGCCGACCCUGUUAGUGAGCAAGCUAAAGUUAUUAGGAAGAGAGAUGAGCGUGCACAAGCUUCAGAUCUAAAAGUAGCCAAAGAUGAGACAUUCUCUUCAUUCUACCAUCCUGGGGACUUCCCAAUACUAAUCCAGCAAGAGGAGACCCUUUAUUUCGAGGUGGAUGAACGGCGAGUGACGUCCCCCACACAUGACGUCAGACUGCACGAGUGCUGGGCUACUCCCGCCCAAAGGACAGAUGGAUUCCCUCAGUGGGACCUUAUUGUGGAUGGAUGUGCCCAAAAAGGAAAUAAUUACUCGGCAGACUUGGUACAAGGCUCUCCUUCACGAUUCCAGCUGAGGAUUGAAGGAAGCCUGAGUGAUCAGCUGUACGUAUACUGUCAGGGUCUGAUCUGUGACUCUCUACUUGAAGCUGAGAGAUGCCAAAGCUCCUGCAAAGAAGCAAAACCCGGAGUGUGGAGAAGAACCGUCCCUGUGCUGGAGCCCUAUGAGCUCUGGUCUACAGGCCCAAUUCGGAUUGGCACAGGAGAAUCGGAAGUACAGUAUCGGCAUGUGGAGGAGAAGAGCUGGAAGACCUGGAUGUGGCUUCUGUCAGUUGGCCUUGCCUUCGUCGCAGCUUUCACUGUUGGAUUAGUUAUAUUGGCAAUGCGGCUUUUUGUGUGUUAAAAUAAAAAAAAGUUUUCUAGUUAUCUGGG